CUUCACACUCCUGCAGAUGUGUAACAGCGAUGAUGUGCAUUCAAUCUACUUCAACGCUUGUGUAAAUAAACCAAACGACCGGAACAUAGGAAACAAUGGAGAACAUGUGCACUGUACAGGUGAAACUAGAGCUGGGACACAGAGCCCAGCUGAGGAAGAAAGUCACUACAGAGGGCUUUACACAUGACUGGAUGGUAUUUGUUCGAGGCCCUGAGACAUGCGACAUCCAGCACUUUGUGGAAAGAGUUGUCUUCCGCCUUCAUGAUAGCUUCCCAAAACCCAAGAGAGUUUGCAAAGAGCCUCCAUAUAAAGUUGAAGAAUCAGGCUAUGCUGGCUUCCUCAUGCCCAUAGAGGUCUAUUUCAAAAACAAGGAAGAACCUAAAAAGGUGUGCUUUAAUUAUGACCUUUUCUUAAACCUGGAAGGGAAUCCGCCUGUUAACCACCUGCGCUGUGAAAAGCUCACAUUUAACAACCCCACGCACGAGUUUCGACGCAAGCUGGUCAAGGCCGGUGGGGUUAUAGUUGUUCCUGAGGGAGCUGAGAUGAUGCCGAGGCCCAGUCCAGAUUAUCCUAUGCUGCCUACUAUCCCUCUCUCCGCCUUCUCUGAUCCCAAGAAGAUCAAGUCCUCUCAUGCAGUAAAGGAGGCUAGUAAAGAUGGAGGUAGUGGGAGCAGCAAAAGUCUCAAAGCCCAUAAGGCAUCCAAAGAGCACAGAGAGCGCACGCGGAAAGACUCGGAGAGCAAGGCCACAUCCAGAGAGAGCGACCGCGAAGGGGGUAACUCGUCAUCAUCGUCCUCCUUUUCGAAAAAAGCCUCAGACUCCAGAGGAAAAGAUGAGGGGAAAACCAUGCCCAAAGCUGCCUUUAAAGAGCCUAAACUAACAGUCAGAGAGUCCAAGAUGGACAGCACUCCUCCGAAGGGUGGAGGAGCCCUAACAAUUGGUGGGGGUCAACUGGACACUCGAAUCCCAAGCAAGCGGCCCUCCUCCGCCACUGAGUCUCCAAAGCUAAGUACCAAGAAACAGAAGCGGUUGGGGUUAGAUGGCAUAAAGGGACCUAUAAGUGGAGCCUACAGCAGCAACUCUCCCCGCAUCACCUCGACAACACCCUCCACUUACACAGAGAAGAAAACUGCGAAAGAUAAGAACCACUUGCCCAAGAUGAAACCGGAGGUGCAGGAAAUGAAAAGGCUGCCAGAUUCUGAUGAAUCUAACUCUGAGGAUGAAGUCUCUUCAAAAUCUGAGCAUUCGGCUCCUUCCAGUCCAUCUAGCUCCAGCUCAAGUUCCAGCUCUGACUCUGAUUUUGAACCCUCCCAGAAGCAAGGCCAAGGGCCGCUGCGUUCAAUGGUAGAAGAUAUGCGGUCUGAAGGUUCUGAUGAUGAUAGCAGUUCUGAGGAGGAGACACCCAUUAAGACACUGACCCCGUCCAACCACGACUUUCGUUUCAGUAUGGACAGUGAGAGUGAUUGCAAUGAAGAGUCCCGCCCUCCCAGCCAGGAAGCCCCGUCACCUCCACCGAAACUCAGCUCAGCAAACCUCAAGAUGUUAGGGAAAAAGAGUCCAGACUCUUGCACCCGUGAGAAGAUGCUCAAGAGGGGAUACGACAAGGUAGGAAGGGCCUAUACAGAGGAGCUCGUGGACCUCCAUCGCAGACUGAUGGCUUUGAGAGAGAGGAAUAUUUUGCAGCAGAUCGUAAACCUUAUAGAAAAGACUGGCCAUUUCAAUAUCACCAAUACAACCUUUGACUUUGACCUGUUCUCCUUGGAUGAGUCAACUGUACGAAAACUCCAGAGCUACCUGGAAGCCACGUCCACAUGACACAAGUUCCUCGCUCCUUUCCUUUAGGAGAAGCCUCAGAAUUGACUGGUGGCAGAGGAAAGGUAUUGAAAAUAACGUAUAAAUGCACAGGAAACAAAACAAACAAAUAGAAAAAUCGUUAUACUGUAAUAACAAACUAAGCAAAAGAGAACACCAGGGGCAUAACGGGGUGGUAUUCAGGGUUUAUUAAUUAAAGAACAGCAUUGCAUAUUGCACUAAACUUAAAGAAAUGGCACAAUACUGUCCAAAAUGGACAAGAUCUCACCGUAGACACAGCAGUUGAUACACCUUAUUUCAAAUAGGUACAUUUCAAGACUGUUUUUUGCACCAAAGCUAUAACACUGGUGGAAUGGAUCUCCUGCUCAUGCCUGGAAGGGCCUUUUGCAAGCGCAGAGAAACUGUGUUCCCUCUCUACCCUGUUACAUUUCUGCUCCAUCAUAUGUGUCAACCACUCAGCACAGUGUGGUUGCAGGAAAAAAGCCAGAUGUGAUUAAACAUUAUCAACAACAGCAUUGUUAGCUGAAAAAAGUACAUACACAAGCUUUGCUGGUGAUAGAUGCUCCCACAGUUCAGCCAACGUGGAAAAACUGCCUUUGUAGUGCCUUUUACAAAAUGUCAUGUUUUUAAUGAUAAUUUUAGUGACCUGUCAACAUAAAAACGCCUGAAAUUGAUGUUCAAAUCCUAUUUAAUUGCGUUUAAUACCUGCUAAGAGAGAACACAUAACGAGAGAUCUGCUUUGCAUGUAAGUUGGAGUAAGGGCUUAUACAUUAUCUUUUGUUUCUUGAUGUUCAGCAACAUGAAGUCAAUUUUUUGUAGUUUAUUUAAGUAACUGUGCACUUUUUUCGUGUCACUUCAGUGCUUUGUAAUUAUCUCAAUACUAUAUUUAUGAUUAUUUACUACUUUUUUUUUACAUAAUAUUGACUUGCAAAAAUGUACAGAUUUUUGUCAAUGUUUUUAAUGCAUCUAUUGAAGUCAUAUUAUUGAUUAUUCAAUCACUUGAGAGAAUAUGCACACAGAAUGAAGAUGAAACGUGUUUUGUCUGUACUCCCAAUGGUGCAAUUGGAAAAAAGUCUUCUGUCAACCUGAAGUAUUAUACAAGUGAAAAUGUGUUUGUGUCGAAAACCUAUUUGUCUGAUGAUGCUUUUUAAAAAGCGUAACUGUUUGACAUGUAUACUUCAUUGUCGAUUGCCAGUUAUUCUUUUUUUGAUGCUAAGUAAUAUAUGGUUAUGAAGUAAACAAUGUUUUCAGUGAAACAUUUGUGGCAGAUGUGUGAUACCUCAUGGGUAAAUCACGGUGAAUUACAGUAUUUGUACGAUAACAUGAAUAUUUUAAUAGUUGAUUUAUAAAAAAUACAUUUAAGUUAACAUGUAUGUUUGUGUCAGUGGGCAUAUAAAUCCUCACAUGCUCACAGUAUUUUUCUGAUGUGAGCUGUGGACAGUUGAGAGACAAUUAAACUGAACACAACUGUGGAAUUUAGCUCCCU